AUGGGUGCACGCGAAUCCACCGGACGCAACACCGAAUCUGAAGAUGCAGUUCCCGACUACUAUGAGCUGCUGGGUGUCGAGGAAUCAGCAAACAGCGACGAGAUCAAGAAAGCAUUUCGAAGAUUAGCCCUUGUUCAUCAUCCCGACAAGAACAAAGAUGAUGUCGAAGGUGCUACCAAAAGAUUCGCCGCUAUUCAGCAAGCAUAUGAGGUAUUGAGUGAUGACCAGGAAAGAGCCUGGUAUGACUCUCACAAAGCAUCUCUUGCACCAGAACCUGAUGCAGAGGCCGUCUUCGAGGACAUUCGAAAAGGCGCCCCACCUCCCCGUGCCCGUGAUAGGGGCCUGACCGUCAGACAUCUCGCUCGAUUUUUUGAUGCUACCGUCUGGUCAGGCCUUGACGACAGCGAGAAUGGCUUCUUCACAAUAUACCGCAAUCUCUUUACACGCUUGGCACAGGAAGAGAACCUCAUCUCUCAGAUCGAGUAUCCCAUCUUUGGAGAUGCCUCCUGGCCUUGGUCCAUACCCAAAUCAACAAAUGAGCCCGCCGCACGCAAUUUCUAUAAUGCGUGGAUGAACUUUGCGACUCUCAAGGAUUUCGUAUGGAUGGAACAGUGGAACCUUGCGGAGGCACCCGAUCGCCGAGUGCGACGGCUCAUGGAGAGAGACAACAAAAAGGCCAGGGAUGAGGCGAGAAAGGAUUAUAAUGAGACUAUCAGACAACUGGCUACUUUUAUUCGCAAACGGGACCCGCGAUACAUCGCUCAUCUCGCUGCACAAUCUCAAGCCAACAAAAUCUUAUCCCAAGCCAAAGCCCCCACAUCUGGGUCCUCCACACCACGCCCCCAGCCCGCCAAGCCUUAUGUAGAGCAAGCCUGGCAAAGAGCAGGCGGUAUGGAUUAUGAUGCUGAUGCUGACCUCGAGUGGGCGGCAGGUGAAGGCAAUGCAGAAGAAUGGGAGUGUGUCGCAUGCGGGAAGACGUUUCGUAGCGAAGCCGCAUGGGACAGCCACGAGCGUAGCAAGAAACACAUGCGUGAGAUCGAGAGACUGAAAAGGGAGAUGUGGCAAGAAGAAGAAGCACUCGGGCAUGGUCCAGAGGAGGGAGAAAGCGACGAGAAUGAGGUGGAUAGAGACUUCGAUAGCGAGUUCGUUCCUCCACCCCCACCAACGCCUCCAGAGCCGGUACUCGAAAAUGGAGACGCUGAUGAAAUCGGUUUACCCCCAGAGGGACUCCCUGCUGAAGAAGACCAACUCGCACAUAAAAAAGAUAAAAAGAAAAAGAUCAAGCCCCAAACAAGACCUUCGAACGAUGCGCCAGCACCGUCCAUCACACCACCAGAAAGCAGGGAUGGUUUUCAGGAUAUAACGUCUUCCCAGCCCGAGCUGUCAAAGCGGGAAAGACGAAAACUCCGAGAAGCAAAGAAAGCAGCCAAUGUUGUCAAGGCAGAGCACAGCAUGGUUUGCAACGUGUGCAAAUCACCCUUUGAGAGCCGCACGAAGUUAUUUACACACAUCCGAGAAACAGGACAUGCGCUUGCUGAAUCCGAAGAACCAGCGCGAGGGAAGAAAGGGCGCAAGGGGCGAUAGUAGUUGGGUUGAUGAUAAAGAUCGCCAGAGUAUACCAGAUAGAACAUGGGUCACCGGAACGCAUAGCAUUUCGACACCGUAGAACUUGCACUGGGAUGUGCUAAGCCAUGAAUGGCAUGAACCGCAUAGAUAUACAAUCAGCUUGAAAAAAU